AUGGAGAUGAACUACGAUGAAGCGACUCUACACCAAAUCGAGCGGGAGCUGGGAACAGUGAUCUACCCAGGAACGGAGAUCAUGACCGAUGUCGGCUCUCACCAUUUCGUGAAAGCAUCCUCCAAAUCCAAUCGGGUGCUGGUGCCCCAGCCAUCGCAGGAUCCUCAUGAUCCUCUGAACUGGAAACGAUUUUGGAAAAUCAUCGCCAUGACAAUUGCAUCCUUGUCAACUUUCAGUCAGGCACUGGGCCCUAUGGCAUUGGCUCCUAUGUUCCCGCAGUUGAUGGAGGCAUUUCAGUCCGAUUUGGCCGGCGUGGUGCAGUUCACCGGUGUCUGCAUUCUGGUGCUGGGUUUCAGCAAUUUCUUCUGGAUCCCCAUUCAAACGUCCUACGGACGACGGCCGGUCCUGAUUUUCUCAACCCUGAUCUGCUUGGUCAGCAAUAUUUGGCGAGCAAUGGCGACCAGCUAUGGUAGCUAUAUGGGCGCUUGUGUGCUCAAUGGAUUGGGCGCUGGUCCGGCAGAGACUUCUCAACCGGAGAUCAUCACGGAUAUCAUGUUCCUGCAUGAGCGCGGUGCGUACAAUACGAUGUAUUUCACUGCCUUCUUUGGAUCUCUCAUGGUUGGUCCCAUCAUCUCGGGUGCUAUGACCGAACAUAGUGGCUGGCGCAAUUUCUUCUGGCUGAAUGUCGGCAUCCUCGGAUUGGUGCUCCUACUUCAGAUUUUUCUUUUCCCCGAGACGAAAUGGCAUCGCAUCCAUCCAGAUGAGGCUUUUCAAGUAGUAACUCUUCCGGACUCGGUAACUGGAAGAUCUGGGACAGAGAAAGCAUACAAUGACACCAAACAAGAGAACGAGAAUGUGGAAACUACCGAGCAUGACCCUUAUUUGCACAAGGGCACGCCGUCAAAGCAACAGUUCAAACUCUGGCAAUUGAAUGGGAACAACGUCAAGACUCUCAUUAUCAGCUUCUGGAUUCCAUGGAAGCUGUUGACCUUUCCCAUCGUUGAGCUGGCCGCGUUCGUCGUGUCAUGGUCCGCCAGCUGUUUGCUCACUCUCAGCCUCACCCAGAGCCAAGUAUUUGCAAAACCUCCUUACAACUUUGGUAGCCAGACCAUUGGCUUCUUCAACUUUGCUAUUUUGAUCGGGACUUUCAUUGGAUUGGCUACCAACGGUCUGCUUUCAGAUUGGGUCUCCAUGAAGGCCACCCGGAAGAACCGCGGUAUCCGAGAACCUGAGAUGCGUCUGCCAGCAAUGAUUCCAUAUGUCAUCAUCUCGAUAAUUGGCAACUUCGUUGUUGCAUUUGGGUACCAGUAUGAAUGGGACUGGAAGAUCAUCGUCUUCAUUGGGUACACUGCAGCAGGCAUCCAGGUUGCAGCCCUUCCAGCUAUUGUCAGCACGUACGCGGUUGACAGCUACAAGCCUGUGGCAGGGUUGAUUUUCGUGGCUAUCACUAUCAACAAGAACCUCUGGGGCUAUGGCUUCAGCAAAUUCAUCACUGGAUGGGUGGAAAAGAGUGGGUUUAUCAAGCCAAUCAUGAUGAACAUGUCACUGGCAGUAUUGUGGUGUUUCUGCGCCAUCCCCUUCUAUUUUUAUGGCAAGAAGUUCCGGGGAUGGACGGCCAAGUCUUCGGUUCAUAAAAUGUAA